AUGGAUGAUGGUAAACCCCUUAGAAUGAAUGAAGAAUGGUGCAGUAGCAAGUUAUUGGGUUCUCUGCUAGAAAGUAGGAAAGAUGUCACCAGAAGAAUCAUGUUAGCCAAUGUAGCAUUCCAGAACUUCAAGAAGGUCUGGUGCCAGAGUAAGAUCCCCCUACAGAAGAAGCUGAAGGUCUAUGAGGCCCAAGUAGUAUCUAUCCUCAUGUAUAACUCUAGUUGCUGGGGAAUGCCUAAAUCGUACUGGGACAAACUAGAUACAUGUCACCGUAACCACCUCAGAAAGAUCAUGAAUGUCAGCUGGCCACGCAGUAUGAUGUCCAAAGAUACCCUCUACAAACAGAGUAACUCUACCCCUAUGUCUGAGCGUGCUGAGUUAUCUAGGUGGAAGAUGCUAGGACACAUACUGAGGAGCGAUGAAAGAUCACCAGCUCAAGCUGCGCUGUGUUUUGCUGUCGAGAUGUGCAGUGAAGUUGGUAGACUCGGGGCUCACAGACGUAACCUCCUACACCACCAGAAGGUUGACCUCUGGAAGCGUUUCAUCUUGCUUGAGUCGUAUGAUGAUAUUCUUCAUUUGAGAGAACUUGCUAGUGACCGUGGUUAUUGGAGUAAAUUGUUCGACUUUAUACUUGAGUACAAGUCAAUUUGA